CAUACAGCAAUACAGGGCACAGGGGGAGAUGGGUGAGGUCGCUGCUCAGACGUGCACACUCACUUCGUCAACCACAAGUGUCAUGGCGUACGGGUGCGAUUUGACACGAGUGCUUACUUACGAAGGGAGCGAAACGGAUAUCUACAUCAACUACGUGACGUUAGUGCUAAUGCUCAUCUCUCUCAUACUAUGCACGCGGAAAGCGGGGGAGCGAGCUUCAAGGUAUCCCCGGUACGCGACAUGGUUCUGGGUGCCGUUCACCUCGGUUCUGUUCGCCAUGCAGCUGUUCGCCGACUGCAGCACGAACAACGUCGGGAUUAGCGCCGUGUGGAGCGCGUACGCGGGAUUCGUCUUUCUGGCCUGGUGGCGCAUUCAGCACAUCCGCGCAGAGAAUGCUGCGGUGUCAACAUUGGCGUAUGCCACCCCCGUCUCGUUGGCGGUGUGGACCGGCGUCUGUGUGUACUACGCAAUUGUCGAGGAGGCCAUAACCACCGUGGCGCACCUGGUAGCGUUCGGUGUGGGCGCCGGAGCGCUCUUGCUUUUUGAGGCCCUCCAUCAAAUCUCAUCGCAAGACUCAUACGAAACAAUGGACGACAAGGAAGUUCCUGACCAGUAGUCGAAAAGGGGGGGGGUGUACUC